AUUUAAUUACUCAAGGUGGAGCCACACAUCCCGUUAUUACGCCGUGAUCUGAAAGAGGUUGCAUGUGCCAACAUUGACGGCUACUUCCAUCUCGGCCAGAGCGCAGUGAAGGCAAAAAACCUUAUGGAGCAGCACACAUAUUCAUAUUCAUUGAAGUUUGAUUCCAAUGAUGACCCCUCGCCUAGAGCAAACAAACCCUACCAGGGUGAACUCCUGAUCUUCCUAUUACAUACUGGAGUCUUCAAUGGCCCGAAGUCCAUCGGCGUCAAAUUUGCAGAGCACUUCAUCGAGAUUGCGAGCAACAAGGCCAAUCGCCCCGAAAUACCUGUGCCAUUGCUGGCACUGGUUGCGACAGCAAUCUAUGCAGCCCUUUUUUGGAAGACGCUUGGUUCUCCAGGGAAAUUCAACUUUAUGGGGAAUCAACUCAGUGAAACAUAUACCUUUUAUGUGAAGUUCCUCGAGGGCUUGAAGGAGGACGUGCCUAAGAAGUUUCACUGCAUGAUGGCUGACAUUUAUGAAUCCGUACAGAUCUUGAAACGAAAGGGUGGUGAUAAUCUGGCUGAUGAGCAUCGAAAGGCAUUGGCGUUACUCGACCUUGAUGGCAUGGGUGAGGAUUAGCUUCUAGUAUGUGCUGAUCCAUACCCGUAAAUAGUGCAGAUUCGUUGAUCACUCCUUUUCGCAUACCCUGGUCUUUAGCAGCUUAGUUCGCGUGUUUUUAUAUACGUCUUUUAAUCAAAUGCUAG